AUGGAGAGCAGUGACACAUAUACCCCUACUUCCUCUGCCCCACUUUCUCACUCCCCCACUUCCUCUUCUUCCUCACCACCACCUCCUCCACCUCCCACAAUUGUCAUGAGCCCUUGUGCUGCAUGCAAAAUUUUGAGGAGAAGAUGUGCUGAGAAAUGUGUUUUGGCACCUUAUUUCCCUCCCACUGAACCUGCCAAGUUUACCAUUGCUCACCGUGUAUUUGGUGCCAGCAACAUCAUCAAGUUCCUACAGGAACUUCCAGAGUCUCAGAGGGCUGAUGCAGUGACCAGCAUGGUUUACGAGGCUAGUGCAAGAGUAAGAGACCCUGUUUAUGGUUGUGCAGGAGCAAUUUGCCAGCUCCAGAAGCAGGUGAAUGAACUUCAAGCACAAUUGGCCAAGUCACAAGCUGAGCUUGUAACCAUGCAACUUCAGCAAGCCAAUCUUGUGGCUCUAAUAUGCAUGGAAAUGGCACAGAGUCCACAGGAAUCACCACAACAAUCAGUGGACAAUUUCAUUUCAACUCCUCCUCACACUGGUGCCUAUCAAAAUGGGAUGAACUUCUUUGAGGAGAACACUAGCCCUAACUCACUAUGGGAGCCCCUUUGGACCUGA